UGACAUCCCCCCAGUUUGCUUCGGUACUGGGUAUCGUGCAGACCCAGGCAGAUCAAACUACACAAGCCUGACCCCUAGGUCCCUAUCUAAACCUUGGAGGAAAACUCAGCCUAGGACAAACGGGACCUAUAGACAGUGUUCGAGAUUCAACUCGUCAGAUAUCAGAGACAGUGAUGUCACACAGCAUGAUGACAACCAAGGAGAGGAAGAUGCAGGCUGCAGCCAUUAUAAGAGAAAUCCAAGGAACAGACUCCGAUUCCAUGGACCUUGGAAAAAAGAUUAGCACGCCCAAAGACAUCAUGCUGGAAGAGCUAUCCUUGCAGUCCAACAGGGGCUCCAGACUUUUCAAAAUGCGUCAGCGGAGAUCUGAAAAAUACACUUUCGAAAACCUCCAGAAUGAAACCAACAUGCACAUGAAUAAUGGUGUUCCUCUUCAAGCUCAAAAUAUUGAAGCAACACAAAAUGGCAAAGGAGAUGGUAACAGCUUGGAUGUUGGACACUCACCCAAAACACCACCAAAUACACCAGACCCCAGAACCCCACCUAACCCAGACAAUAUAGCUCCAGGAUAUGGUGGACCCUUGAAGGACAUUCCUCCUGAGAGGUUCAAUACCACAGCUGUCCCAAAAUCCUACCACUCUCCUUGGGAACAAGCCAUCAUCAAUGAUCCUAACCUGCUGGAUACUUUACAUCUCCAGAUGCCAUUGCCUGAACUGAAACAGGAUGGGCAGGAUUUUAAAAGCUUCAACAGAGUCGCUACUCCUUUUGGUGGUUUUGACAAAGCCUCUAGGAUCAUCACAUUCAAGGCACCGGAGAUGGAUAUGAGCUUUAUGAAUGCUGCUCCAAAACCCACAGGUUUCCAAGACCUAGUUGGAAAGCGCCCUACUUUUAACCGGACGGCCCAGGGUUGGAUUUCAGAUGGAACCCCUGUUGUCAUCCCUGUCGUGCCUUGGGAAUCCUUCAUCCCUGAGUCUGAUGACCUUUGACAUUAUAAAAUGAAAAAAAUAUCUGAUCCCAUACAAUAAAUAAGAUGGUUCGCACAUAACAUUUCACUUAGCAUGUUAAGACUGCCACCAUUGUAUUUAUAGGCGUGAUAUUAUUUAAAUGUGUUGGAACAGAUUGAAUAUUUGAAUAUUUAAAUAUCAUGCUAUUAAAUACAUUUACAUAAAUAUACUAUCAGACAAAAUGUUUUUUUUUUUUUUUUUGAUAAUGAAGAACAACAAGUAAAUUGAGUAAUUCUUGUCUGAUACGUUUUUGAUGGGGGCAUGUGUUAAUGGAAAUGACCUUUUUGGAUAUGAAAUUACAUGAGUGUCUUUGCUUUUUACAUAACAUUUGUUUAACUUUAUUUUAGCAUAAAAUUAUGGUACCAUGCACAAAGUACACUGCUGUUGUUGUUCAAGUAUACUUCAAUAUAAAAGUACUAACAUGUUUAAAGAUUUUGAAUAAAUGCCUGCAUUAACA